AGGGACCUGCUGAAGAUGAGAGUUCAAGUGCUGUGGCUCAUCUCUUUCUUCUCAGUCCCCGAGUGUGGUGAUGGUUUCCUGGGGAGAAAUGAUGGCAUCAGAACAAAAAGAGAACACAUAGUGAAUAAGAAAAAGCAUCCAGGCCCAGUGCAGGAGUAUGAGCUCCUGCUUCAGGUGGCUUACAGAGAUUCCGAGGAGAAAAAAAAGUUGAGGAAUUUUUUGAAGCUUCUGAAGGCUCCAUCAUUGUGGCUGCAUGGGCCAAUGAAGAUUAUCAGAGCAAAGGCAACCACGUAUUGCAGCAACCAGAAUGGGGUCCUACAGUGUUCCUGCGAGGAUGGCUAUUACUGGUUUCCUCCUUCCUGCCUUGACCCCCAGACAUGCUCCCUUCACACAACUGGAUCUCUCCAGAGUUGUGACUGUCAUCUCAGUAACCUCACCCAGAGUAUUAAUUUCUGUGAGAGAACAAAAGUUUGGGGCACUUUCAAAAUUAAUGAAAGAUUUACAGAAGACCUUUUAAAUUCAUCUUCUGCUGUAUACUCCAAAUAUACCACUGCAAUCGAAAUUCAACUUAAAGAAGCAUACAAAAGAAUUCAAGGUUUUGAGUCAGUUCGUGUCACUCAGUUUCGAGAUGGAAGCAUCAUUGUUGGGUAUGAAGUUGUUGGCUCCAGCAGCACAUUUGAGCUGCUGUCAGCCAUUGAGCAGGUGGCUGAGAAGGCUCAGGAAGGCCUUCAGGAGCUGUUUCCACUAGAAGAUGACUCUUUCAGAGUAUUCGGAAAAGUUCAGUGUAACAGCAUUGCUUUUGGAUUUGGGUUUAAGAAUGACGAGUAUACUCUUCCCUGUAGCAGCGGCUACACUGGGAACAUCACAGCCAAGUGCCAGCCCUCUGGGUGGCAGGUCAUUAGGGAGACCUGUGUGCUUGUUCAGCUGGAAGAACUGAAGAAGAAUUUCAGUGUGAUUGCAAGCAAUGCCACUGAGGCGACCAUGUCGUCCUUGGUGCGAAAUCUUUCAGCUGUCAUUCAGCAAAACCCAUCAAACACAGCUGGGAAUCUGGCUUCGGUGGUGUCGAUUCUGGGCAAUGUCUCAUCUCUGUCGCUAGCAAGCCAUUUCAGGGUGUCCAAUUCAACAAUGGAGGAUGUCAUCAGCAUAGCUGACCAUGUCCUUAAUUCAACAUCAGUAACCAACUGGACAGUAUUACUGCAGGAAGAACAGCACGCCAGCUCACGGUUACUAGAGACAUUGGAAAAUAUCAGCGUUCUGGUACCUCCUACAGCUCUGCCUCUGAAUUUUUCUCGGGAAUUCAUUAACUGGAAAGGGAUUCCAGUGUCCAAAAGCCUACAUAAGACAGGUUACAACUAUCAGACGGAAAUGUUCCCCCAAAAUACAUCCAUUCCCAUCAGAGGCCAUGUGUUAAUUGGGUCAGACCAAUUCCAGGGGUCCCUUCCAGAAACUAUUAUCAGCAUGGCCUCCCUGACCCUGGGGAACAUUCUACCCAUUACCAAAACUGGAAAUGCCCAUGUCAAUGGGCCUGUGAUCUCCACAGUUAUCCAAAACUAUUCCAUAAAUGAAGUUUUCCUGAGUUUUUCUAAGAUAGAGUCAAACCUGAGCCAGCCUCACUGUGUGUUUUGGGAUUUCCGUCAUUUGCAGUGGAACGAUGCAGGCUGCCACCUAGUGAAUGAAACACCAGAUACGGUGAUGUGCCGGUGUACUCACCUGACCUCAUUUUCCAUGCUAAUGUCACCUUUUGUCCCCCCUGCCAUCAUUGCGGUUGUGAAAUGGAUCACCUUUUUGGGACUGGGAGUCUCCAUUGGAAGCCUCACCUUAUGCCUGAUCAUUGAGGCUCUGUUUUGGAAGGAGGUCAAGAAAAACCAAACCUCGCACACACGUCAUAUUUGCAUGGUGAACAUAGCCCUGUGCCUCCUGAUAGCUGAUGUUUGGUUUAUUGUUGCUGCCACUGUGGAUACCACGGUAAACCCUUCUGGAGUCUGCAUAGCUGCUGUGUUCUUGACACACUUUUUCUACCUCUCCCUGUUCUUUUGGAUGCUCAUGCUCGGCAUCCUGCUGGCUUAUCGGAUUGUCCUUGUAUUCCAUCACAUGGCCAUGCCGUUGAUGAUGGCUAUCGGGUUUGGCCUGGGCUAUGGAUGUCCUCUCAUUAUAUCUGUCAUCACCAUUGCGGUCACACAACCUAGCAAUGGCUACAAAAGGAAAGACGUGUGUUGGCUCAACUGGUCCAGUGGGAGCAAACCCCUCUUGGCCCUUGCUGUUCCUGCCUUGACUAUUGUGGCUGUGAACUCGGCUGUGGUGGUCUUAGUUCUCACAAAGCUCUGGAGGCCCGCUGUUGGAGAAAGACUGAGUCAGGACAGGGCCACUAUCGUCCGCAUGGGGAAGAGCCUCCUUACUCUGACCCCUCUGCUGGGGCUCACCUGGGGCUUUGGCAUAGCAGUAAUGGUGGACAGCCAGAAUCUGGUGUGGCAUGUUAUUUUUGCAUUGCUCAAUGCAUUCCAGGGUUUUUUCAUCUUAUGCUUUGGAAUGCUUUUGGAUAGUAAGCUGCGGCAACUGCUCUUCAACAAGUUGUCUCCUUUAAGCUCUUUGAAACAACCAUCAAAGCAAAACUCAUCAGAAUUAUGUGCUAAACCCAAGUCUUUCAACCCAUUGCAACACAAAGGUGCCAAUGCAUUUUCUCAUAGUGGACAGUCCUCAAAUGACAUCAGGCUAACUCAGUUUUUAUCCACUUAA